AUGGCUGUAGAGUCACUGACUCAAGAACAAUGGGACGAUUUGUUCCAGAAUUUCGAUUCUGUACGAGAGUCGAAUAAUGUUGCAUGGGGAGAUAUUAAACGAGCUUUGGAGAUUGUUGGUGUUACUGUUGCCGGUCAUGAAAUAAGAGAUCUAGUUGGACAACCACGUAACUGGCUCAGUCUAAAUGAAUUCAAUGAUCUUUACAUAAGAGCUAAAGAUAUGAAGGAUACGACAAAAGCUAUCCGUAAAGCUUUACUCCUGAAACACGCUGAAGAUGUCAAGUCAUUUACUGUUGGCAAAAAUGACAACGACACUAGACAUUCAGUUAGUAAAGCAGAAGAAAGAGGCUUUACUUUGUGGAUAAAUAAACGUUUGGGUCAUGAUACUGAUUUACAAAAUGAAAUUCUACCCAUUGAUCCAUCAAUUGAUGGCCAGCUAUAUCAAAGAUGCAAAAAUGGUAUACUGUUGUGUAAACUUGUGAAUAUCGCUAGUCCGGAUACAAUUGAUGAAAGAAGUAUUAACAGAGGACCUGCUUUGAAAAAUGUUUUCAACGUUCAUGAAAAUCUUACAUUGGCGGUCAACUCAGCUGCCUCAAUCGGUUGCUGUGUGGUGAAUACUGGUCCAGAGGAUAUUAUGCAAGGCAAACGACAUAUCGUUCUAGGACUCAUCUGGCAACUUAUUCGUAGAGGUCUAGUCGAUACAAUUACAUUGAAUAAGCAUGGUGAGCUAUUGGCUUUAUUGCAUGAUGGAGAGACGGCAGAAGAUCUGGCGGCACUGAAACCAGAGGAGAUAUUAAUGCGUUGGGUCAACUUCCACUUACAUCGUGCUGGGUGUGACAGACGUAUAACAAACUUCAAUUCAGAUCUGGCAGAUUCAGUUGUAUACGCAUAUUUAAUUGAACAGAUUGCUCCAUUGGAUAAACGCCGUAAUUUAAUGUCUGCUGAUGAAAUUCUCAGUUCAACUAGUCGUCAAGAAAGGGCGAUUAAUGUGUUAAAUAACGCUGAAACAUUGAACACGCCAUUUUUACUUGCUCCAGAGGAUAUUUAUUUAGCGGGAGAAAAGGAUAAAGACAACAGAGAUAGGUUGAAUUUAGCAUUUGUCGCCACCCUAUUCAAUAUGUAUCCAGGUUUAGAUGCUGUCCGAGGAGAUAUGUUAAUCGAAGGAGAAACUCUAGAGGAAAGAACUUACAGAAACUGGAUGAAUUCACUUGGUGUCAAGCCGUAUGUAACAUUUUAUACACAGAUCUUAGUAAUGGUGGACUGGUCAUUAGUUGUGCAGAAUUUCGAUCCCAAAAGACGACUGUUUCAAGAGCUAGGCAAUUGUAAUUUAGUCGUCGACUCAGCCAAAUCAAUCAAUAUACGCUUAGUUAAUGUGAGUGGUGAAGAUAUACAAAUUCGUGAUCGAAAAUUGAUUUUGGGUGUUUGUUUCACACUGAUGCACGCCUACAUGUUCAAAUUACUCUAUGAAGCUACACAGGGUGGAAGAGAUCUUCCAUCUGACGACAGAGAUAUACUUUGCUGGGUAAAUGAACAACUGACUGAGGCAAAAGCUAGACCAAUCAGUAGUUUUCGUGAUCCAGCCAUAAGUACUGGGAUACCAGUGCUUCAACUACUUGAACAUAUCAAACCAAAUUCAACAAAUAAAUCAAUUUGGCAACAAGGAGACGGUGAUGAUUUUUCAGUGUGUCAGUAUGCAAUAUCAUGUUGUCGUAAAGCUGGAGCUAGGGUAUUCACUCUACCAGAACAUUUGAGGGAUUUGAAUGGUAAAAUGAUUCUGACUCUUUUCGCCUGUCUACAGGUGUUAUACUUUAGUUUGAAACAAAAAGCUGAGAGUAAACAGAAUCGUGUGAAGAGUAAUGAAUUGAAAUGGUUGAAAUUACCCGAUGAUGAUCAGAAGUUAGGAACGGAAUAA